UGCUCCAGAUAAAGAUGAGCGCCAGUGGGGGCCCCUAGCGGACGACCAGACAGCUUUCAUUGUAAACACAGACGAGACCAAGACACCGGGCCAGCGAUGUCGGAGCCGCGGAAGGUGGCCCAACAGGCGGCCAUGCAAAUCGCGGCCGGCGGUUCGGCCGGGUUCGUCGAGGUGUGCCUGAUGCACCCCCUGGACCUGGUGAAGACACGGCUGCAGCUGCAGACUCGUGGAGCAUCUUUGGACCCGCAAUUUUACAAUGGCGUUGUGGACUGCCUGAAGAAAAUGUACCGACACGAAAGCUUUCUCUCCUACUGGAAGGGGGUGGUGCCCCCAAUUUUGGCAGAGACCCCGAAAAGGGCCGUCAAGUUCUUCACAUUCGAGCAGUACAAAAAGGUGUUUCUGUUUGGUUCUCCAACCCCAACGCCUGUGACCUUUUCAUUGGCCGGUUUGAGUGCAGGCAUCACGGAGGCAAUUUUGGUCAACCCGUUUGAAGUGGUGAAAGUUUCCCUUCAGGCCAAUAAGGGCAAGGCGCCCUCAACUUGGAGCAUGACGAGACAAAUAGUCAGAGAAAACGGGCUUUGGGGAUUUAACAAGGGGAUGACGGCCACAAUCGCUCGCAACGGAGCUUUCAACAUGGUUUACUUUGGAUUCUACCACUCCGCCAAGAAUUACCUCCCUGAAUCGCAGGACCCUGCUCUGGAGUUUUUCCGGAAACUUCUACUUGGCUUUGUGUCAGGCACUAUGGCCUCAUGCUUCAACAUCCCAUUCGACGUGGCCAAAAGUCGCAUCCAGGGACCGCAACCGGCCAGUGGCAUCAAGUACCGGUCCACCGUGGCCACAAUGCGCAUAGUGGUUGCGGAAGAAGGCUGGCGAGCCUUGUACAAGGGACUGGUGCCCAAAGUGAUGCGCCUCGGACCUGGAGGAGCUGUCAUGUUGCUCGUAUAUGAGCACGCGUACGCCUACCUGCAGGACCGAUUUCCCCUGUGACUCGAUUGAGAAGCAUUUAUCAUAAAAUCCAAAGCAGUUAAUUCACCAUUAUGUAGUGAUAUUAUUAAGUUCAUGCUAGUCUUAAUGAAUGGUCAAAUUUACUUAAAUUUUAUCAAGCAUGAGUCCGCAUUGGCGUUCUGAUACAGACUCUAUUUACUUAAAAAAGUCGGUCUACUCAUUGUUUUUAUAUUAUUUUUUUCUAGUGAUUUGUCAUUUCUUCAAUGUUAUAAAUUUCGUUUUUGGUUUAACUUUAGACAGGCAGGUAUUUAAAACUCAAAUACUCAAUGCAAGAAAAUCUGUGAUUGUUGAAAAGCACCACCAAUAAAAGAGUGAUCUCUGCCUUAAUUAUGCUAAUUCAGCAGCAAGCACAGUCAACCAAGAUUAUGUACACCGCGUGCCUAAACUGAAAGCUACAUUUUUCAGAAAUGUUCACUAGCUACAACUUCCAAAUAAUAAUUAAGAGACUUAGUAUCCAGCAAUGCGAUUUUAUGUUCUUAAAUCAUUUUUAAUAAAAUUAAUAUCUAAACCAAA